AUGGAAUCGCUUUAUCACACAACUUUACCGAGUUUAGCCCAGGGUUAUACCUGUAUCGAAUGCAACACAGAUGUCGUUGCUAGUAUUCCAGGUGUCCCGCGGUUCGCGACCCCUGUAGAUGCAGUUUUCACCGCGACUACAGUUCCAGAUGAAGGUUUGGCAACCUGUGCAUCAGGAUCUGUUGAUCCAACCGUGUCGAUCGAGUCCGAAUCAAAUGUGCACAUUGAUGGUGGGACUGGAGAGGCAGCUAAACGCCUAGCUUUGAGUAAUAGCACUGUAGGUGCCCAAUAUGUAGAUGCUGCUGCGGAUCGUGCCAAGCGUCUUGGACUGAUUCCUGCGGGUGUUCCCAAAUCAAGUGACGCUCAUGAUGCUAUGUGGCCUUUAGAGAAGCACGUUGCAGUUCGUUCGAAAGACCUUGACACCAACGUACGCUCAGGAUGGAAUGCCGUGGAUUGGGAGAAAUUGAACGAAAUCUCACGCUCAACAAGAAGAACUGCCGGUGAUACAAAUGUAAAUCUAAGGAUGCCAUCUCCACCUAGGGCCUCCAAACGUAAACAAGAUUUGACGUCGACUUCGUAUAAUGACAGUGAUGUACAAGCUCCUGAUGCAGAGAAAAAGUUGUGUGGCACACCAGGGUCCACCACGACUGUCAGCGCGGACGAAUUCUCUUCAACCAAUAGCACUCCGAUCAAUACACCGUCGCUUACUCCCUUUAAAGGCCAUCCCUCAGGAACUCCCACUUCCACUCCCGGACGAACGCUUACCCCUUGCUCUGAAUACAGCACUUCCUCGGGUCUUGAAAGUCCUGUUCCUGUACGUUCUCGUGCUGAAAAGCGCCGACAUAAACCGAGCUCAACCAAUCUUGAACGGAACUAUCGGAUACCUCCUUCGUGUUUGACUCGAAGCUCGUUGUGUCGUGUAGUAUUAUUUGACCAUGAUGAUAAGUUAUUGGAAAGCCGUUCAGGUCUUUCCCCAUCCCUAGGCGAAGAACAUCCGGUGAUCCCAGAAACUGCCGCCUCACCUCCCCAACCUCCAGAUUUGGAGCAGAUCACGUACCAGCAACGCUAG